CAAGUAGGCCUGCGCCUGCUGCCAGUUUCUUAGCGGAGUAGCACUUGUGCACGUGAGCCGAGUCCACAACUUGGGGGUGAUUUCAAGUGGUCCCAGAACAGCAGUAGGAGCAAUUUGCAGUGCUGUUUCUACGGCUGAUUGGGUGCCAACAUAAGAUUGACACGAUGAGAAUCGUCUUGCUGUUUGUAAGCAUAUCACUGGCUGUGCCAGCAGGGUACAGUUUAGACAAUGGUUUGGCUCGCACCCCUCCCAUGGGCUGGAAUCCAUGGGAGAGAUUCCGCUGCAAUGUGGACUGUGACAAGGACCCUCAUAAUUGUAUCAGUGAGCAGCUUUUCAUUCAAAUGGCUGACAUUGUAGCAGCAGGAGGCUACAAAGAUGCAGGAUAUGAGUAUAUCAACUUGGACGACUGCUGGAUGUCAAGGGAGAGAGAUGCCCAGGGCCGUCUACAGCCAGACCCCAAGAGGUUCCCAAGUGGAAUAAAGAAUUUGGCAGAUUAUGUCCAUGCCAAAGGACUGAAGCUCGGCAUAUACCAAGACAUGGGCACUGAGACAUGUGAUGGCUUCCCUGGAAUUUGGGGUCACAUUGAAACAGAUGCUCAAACUUAUGCUGAAUGGGGCGUCGACUAUGUCAAGAUGGAUGGUUGCCACAAUUUGGGCCCCACCUUGUUCCCAGAGGGUUUCAUUAACAUGUCACGUGCUCUCAAUGCAACUGGGCGUCCUUUUAUCUUCUCAUGCGAGUGGGGGCUUUAUCAACCCAACCCAAAUUAUACAGAUAUUGCCAGACAUUGCAACACGAUGAGGAAUUAUUUAGACAUCCAAGACUCGUGGGUAGAAAUGCUGUCUGUUUUGGAUUGGUACGUCUCCAAACAAGAUGACUUUUACAAGGUCAACGGGCCUGGCUCAUUCAUCGACAUGGACUUUUUGGUGGUCGGAGACUUCUCUCUGAGCUUUGAGCAAGCACAGUCUCAGAUGGCGCUGUGGUCCAUCAUGUCAUCUCAGCUCAUCAUGUCCAGUGACCUCCGCAAGAUGGACCCCAAAAUGAAGGAGAUUCUUCUGAAUUAUGAGGUCAUUGCCGUCAACCAGGAUCAACUGGGCAAGAUGGGCAGGAGGAUCUACAAUCGUGGCAGCUUCCAGGUUUGGACGAAAGAGCUGGACAAGGGUUGCUACGCCACUGUCAUUCUAAGACGAGCCACCAACAUGCCACAGAACUUCACAACAUCCAUGAAAGGUCUUGGUUUUUCCGGGUCUGCCUACAGCGUUCGGGACCUGUUCAAGCACAGGGACUUGGGUGUGUUGGGGCCAACAGACCCUUUGUCAGUCACAGUCAACCCUGGGGGGGUGGUAAUGAUAAAGGCCUCGCCAAUGGAAACUAAGCGGCAUUUCAAAGUUUAUUAGAAGGGCAGUGCAUAAAACCUUUAGUAGCUUAUUUUGUUAAAUUACUAACUGAUUGCUGGAAAAGUGAGCUUGAACUUGUACUGAGGUCAGUGACUCAAGUGAUUGAUUGAUCUGUCAAUGAUGAACAAUUAAUGUACAACGUGGUUUACUGUGCAAUCUAUACAUUACUUGAACUGUAACUUCAAAUAGGGUAUUGAAGGUUGGUUUUAACAUUGAUAUGUGUGAAUUUGGUUUGGAUUGCAGAUUGUACUAAAAUGUGUUUCUCUGUUACUUUAAAGUGAGGUUAGUUUUAAGGUUUGUGUUCUGUGUACAUUGAGUUCUAGCAUAAAUCAACAUUUUUGUAAGUCUGAGACUUGCUUCUAUAUAACUUAACGUCUGUCAAGUCAUUUGUGUCUUUUGUGUCACUAGAGGAUAAAAAAAUUUGUGAUUUGAGGAAGGGAAUUUUUUGUUUUAAUUUUCACAAGUCAGUCAAGAAGUAUAACUCUGCACAAUCCUGCUUUGUAUCGUUAUUAAUAUCUGUUGUUGAUAAGUGUAGUUUUUUGUAUGCUGUGGUUUUGAUAUUCAGAUUACUGUUGUGAAACAACUUGAUUGUGUCCUGUGGAUUUUUUUACUUUAAUCAAUUGUUAGGUCAGUGAUCAUUUGAAUAUUUGAUUUAACUGGUUGACUAAUCAGUGAAUUAUUCGAUUGUAUAUGUCAAAAACGUCAACUUAAGGCAGGGAGUUUAAGGUAAAUUUAAUAUUGGGUAUAUUCAUUAGGUUUGGAUUACAGAUGUUACUACAUUUCUUUGCAACUUACAGGGAAUUUUUCAAGGUUAUUUUGCAUGUUUCCUCGUAUAAUUUGACAUUUCUUUAAGCCUGUGAUGUUAAAUGGUAUGAAUAACUAGAAAUGACUGAAUAUCUAUUUUUAUAAGUGAAGGGAAAUCACUUUCCAGAAGUCUUUCAAAAAGUAUGUACCAUCGUGCUUUAUAUCUUAUGUGAUUCCUGUCAAUCAGGUGGUUUUUGUUAGAUUCUGUAUUUUUGAUCAAAUUAUUGGUGUAACUUGUCAGAAGGUGACAUUUUGUGAUGUGGCCAUGACUUAAAGGCAACUGGAGGGGGUAUCCCUCUCCGUCCCUCGGACAGUUGUAUUUUCAUAGCCCCACACUUGUAGAGUCCUUCCUACCGUAACCUGUCCCUCCUCAUUGCCAUUGCUACCUCCUGCUUUUGUACUUUUGAUCAUAUUCCAUUAUGAAAUAAACUUAGUUCAUUUUGCACACAUAUUUAUUUAUUCAAA